AUGGCGAGUGGAACGUCUUCGGGUGGUGCAGCGGCCAGCGCCGCUGGUGGACUUCGCCUCGACGUUCCCACCUGGGAUGGAGAGCCCGACAAACUACUGUCGUACCGGUUCGACGUCGGGCUCUUCACGAAGAGCCACAAGCUCCAAGACAGGUAUGUGGUGGGGCCCCAGCUGGUGCGCUCGCUGGGAGCCAGGGCGCGCCGACUGGCGCAGGCAUGCCCCGACAUCGAGAGGAUCGACGAUGUCUCCGAUAGCGGCAAGCUCGACGGCUGGCAGCGCGUCUUCGAGUUUCUCCUCUCGAAGCUCGACCUGUCCAACGUGAGCGAGAUGGGGAACUCAGCGGAGAAGCUCUUCAACAAGCUGCAGCAGGAGGUCGGGGGGGGCUUCCCCGACUGGACGGCGCGCUGGGAGGCCCACGAGCGGGACCUGUUGGCGCAGCUGAAAGCGGUGGACGGCGCCGUGACGGAGGUCAUCGCGGGACCGCUGCGGACGUGGUGGUACUUGCGGCGAUCGCGGCUGUCACUAGUCGCGCGCGGCGAGAUCACCGCCGUGGCGGGCGGCGACUACGACUUCGACCAGACAUACAAGGCGCUGUGCGCGAGGCAUCCGCUGGAUGCGCUGAAGGAGCUCGACGGGGCCCGCGAGAAGAAGGACAGGCGCGCGGGCUUCUACGGCGAGGCCGACGACAACGACGUCGACCACAACGACGGUGACCGGUCCGAGCUCGCGGACAUCGUGGAUCAGCUGGUGACUCUGGCCGACGAGGACGACGCGAUGAUGCUGGACGACCUGGGGGACACCGAAGAGGGCGAGAACGGCAUCUACGCGGAGUUCAAGCAGAUGGGGAGGAACUUCAAGGACAUGAGGGACCUCAUCAGGCGCCUGAAGGUGGCGCGGGACUACUACCCUGUUCUGGCACCUCGACCUCCUGACGGACCUCCUCGCCCUCGAGCUGCUCGGGACCAGCCGCGCAAGCCGCGUGCUGACGGUGAGAAGGAGCCUGUGCGUGACAUGCGCAGGAUGAGGUGCUUGGCCUGCCGCAAGUUCGGCCACCAGGCAAAGGACUGCCCAGAGAGGAACAAGACGCGCGGCAGGCCCCAGCCCAACGAGACCACCUCGUUCGCGCUCCUCGAGCUUGGGGAGCUGGUCCUCCUCCUGGACGACGAUGGCGGCAUCUGGGCGAUCCUGGACUGCGGCGCUACUCGGAGCCUGAUCGGGGUCACGAUGGCGGAGAACCUUGCCUACGACAUGAAGGAGAGGCACGACAUCAACUUCGACUUGGCGGAGCUGACGCGGUACUUCACCUUCGGCGACGGCAGGCGCAAGAGCUCGAUGGGGGCCGUGACGGGCGACAUCUUUCUCGGCGACGGGCUGGAGAAUAUAGAGAUCUCCAUCAUGGACAAUGAGGUGUCGCUGCUGAUCGGGAUGGACAUUCUCGGACCUGCCUGCGCUAGCGCCCUGAUCGACUGCGGGAACGGCUACAUCAUGUUACCGAAGACCUCAAGCAACAUCUUCCAGUGCCGGAAGAUGUCGAGCGGACGCCUGGCGAUCAACGUGACGACUCCGACGUGGUGGCAGCACGUCCCUCGCGGCAUCCCGAACAUCACCGAGCCGCACAGCGAGAAGGCCCUGGUGGAUGUCAGCGACCUGCCCGAGGCCAAGGUCGGGGCCGAGCUGACGGGCUCGGCGGAGCUUCUGUCGGGCGCGGCUGAGCCAGGACUCCAGUACGCCGGGACGAAGCUCGGAGGCCUCCAGAUUCUCCGAGAAGAUCCCCCCUCUAACCUCUCGUCUUUCGGAUCCCUCUACUGCGCCUACGACGUCCCCGGCGAUGACUUCUACGACGCCGAAACCGAAGCCACCUUCGCGGACAUCUUGGGAGACAUCUUCGGGUACCCUGAGAGCCUCUACGAGACAUGCGAGGGAGACAGCGACCAAGAGGGGGCACGAGCAGCUCUGAAGCACGAGGACCUCGACGUCUUGCAGCAAGCUAUCGACCAGUACGACCUCGGCUACAAGCAGGAAAUCGGGGACGACAUCAACUUUCUAGUCCGCCAGGGCCGAUGCGACCUCAUGGAGGUCUGCGCGCCGCCUACUUCUGCAUUGACUCAGGCGGUGAUCGACCAGGGCGGGCUCGCCUUUCGCGCUGGAGUGCACAACGGUUUCAACGUGGCGACCAAGACCAGAGUGCAGAAGGCCAGGCGGAUACAGGCAGGAUGCGAGACCCUCCUCUCCAUCGGGCUGCAGUACCACGGGGCGGGGGUCGACCUCGAACAGCCUCAAAGUUCACAGAGCUGGUCACGAUCUGCUUCUCUGCAGCGCAUCAAGGAGCAGGCCUGCGAGACGCUGGUGUCGGGAUGCGCCUACGGACUACGUUGCCCUCGCAGCGGCUUGCUGCUGCCCAAGGUCUGGAAGAUCUGCUCCACGGAUCCCGAGUUACAGAAGGCCAUUGGCAAGAGGUGCAGUAACCGUCCAGGUCGACAUGACAACCACGAGCACGGCGAGAUCAUAUGCGGCAAGGUCGUGGCCUCGACGGCGUUCUAUCCAGCUGCUCUGUGCAAGGCCUGGGCGAAGCGCAUCCUUCGCGCAGGAGGCGGAUCUGCAGCUGGCUCUCAGGCACUCCUCACUUGCGACAGCGUGGAGGACGAGCCGAUCUACGUUGACAUCGCAGAGGACGACGACGUCGAGCCUGAUGACCAGGCCGAGUCCGACGAGCAGAUCUACGCGGACAUCGCGGGGGACGACGACGUCGAGCCUGAACACCAGGCCGGGCCCGACGACGAGCUCGACGGCCAGGAGCUGGCCAAGGACGGAGGCCGCCUGAGCACCAAGGAGGAGCAGGAGAUCGAGCACCGCCUCGGCCGGCUUCAUCGCAAUCUCGGCCAUCCCAGCGCUUGGGCGAUGGUGAAGAUCCUGAAGAACUCGGGUGCCAGCCUCCAGGUGCUGAAGAUGGCGAAGAACUUCAUGUGCCACGCCUGCAACUCCUCCGUGCUGCCGAAGGCCGUUCGGACCGCUGCAGGCAUCGAGAUCCCCGAGGACGACGCGAUCUACCUAUUGACUCUCAACCUUGACGAGGGGUCAGGUCUCGCGCUGGUCACCAACCACGGCGACAAGUCCCAGCGGUCCGGCAACUGGUCCGCCGCCGACGUCGUCGAGACCUGGCGCUCCUGGGCCGACCACUACCGAGCCCCGCGGCUUAUCCGAUGUGACGCUGAAGGAUGUCACCGUGCCGAGUUGACCAAGGGUUGGUGCAGCUCUCGUGGCAUCGAGAUGUUCAUCGCUCCUGGCGAGGCCCACUGGCUCAUGGGCAUGGUCGAGCGGCGCAUCCAAAUCUUCAAGAGGACGCUCACCAAGUUCUGGAAGCAGAACUACGACUGCGACGUCGACGAGGCCAUCAGCCAGGUCAUCCACGCCAUCGACGACCUCGACAAGGUGGGGGGCCAUUACACCUACGCAAACGCCUUCGGCAUCGGUGGCGCCCAGGGUUCGAACAACCCCUUCGCCAUCAUCGACGACGGGAGCGGCGAGAGCAGAGAGCAACGGCGCCUCACUGCCAGACAAUCCUUCAUUGAGGUAGAGUACUCGGAACGUCGUCGCCAUGCCGAACAGGCAUGCAGCCGCGUCACUACUCACUGGCACACCGGCGAGCACUGCUACUACUGGCGGAGGGCCGCGGACCCGUCAUGGCCACGUGGUACGGCCCAGCUCGAGUCCUGGUACAAGAGCAACGGAUUCUGGCGGCAGUUGCGGCCCGCCACUGGGGCCGAGCGCAUGGUCGUCGAGCUGGCCAACAUGGAGAAAAGAGGCGCUUCCAUGUCGGACCUGAUGGAGGUGGCUCUGCGCGGGACCUUCGAGGACCUCACCAACGAGAGCCGUCCAACCAUCCAGCACUUCGAGCCUCAGACGGUCAUGCCUCCCGAGACGCAGGCAGACACGACCGCAGACGAGCCGAUGGAGGAUGAGGCACCUGGCCUAGAAGCUGACGCUCCAGGAUCUCCGGAGCCUGCAGGUGAGCCUACCACCCCUCCGACGCCCUCCAGCAUCUCGACCAUCGAGCAGUCCGCGCUCAAGCUUCCUCGACUCUCUCCGCCUGAGGAAUCAACGCCGACGCCUGAAGAGGGCCCCCCUGGUCGCCGAUGGCGCAUGUACUCCGAGGAGAGCGAGGGCACCUACCGUCAGUCACCCGCUGAACGACGCGCCAACCGACCAGGGCCCUACUCCGACACGAGGGGCCAGGACAGUGUGGACCAGGCGAACAGCGAGGACGAUCUCUUCGUAGAUGUGAACACGCUCAGCGAGUCUGGGCUCGCCGGGCUCGCCGACUUCGAGUUCCUUGACGAGAACAUGACGGUCUACUUCGAGAUGCUGAAGUCCGAGCUCACGGACAGCCAAGGAGGCCGCCGCCUCACUUCCCAGAUGGUGGACUGCUUCGUCGCCAACCCGAAGCGCAAGGACAAGAUUGAGUUCCACUGGGGUAAGUUAUCACCCUCGGAGAAGGUCGAGUUCCGGGCUGCCAUGACGAAGGAGGUGACUAAGUGGAACCAGUACAAGGGACUACGGCCGGUGCCCGCCUCGGAGGUGAAGGAUCCCGCGGGUGUGAUCAAAUGCCGCUGGGUGCUGCCGCGGAAGGCCGACGGGGCCGCGAAGGCCCGUCUAGUCCUCCUCGGCUACCAGACCAAGGACAUCGGGAAGGAGCCGACUGCUUCACCGACGGCGUCCAGACGUGCCAGGAACAUCCUGCUCACCAUCGCGGCCGCGAACCACUGGAACGUCGUCGAGGGCGACGUGACCAGCGCCUUCCUCCAGGCCUACGACCUCGAGAAGGACCUGUUCGUUGAGGCCGACGAGGCCCUUCCUCCGCCUUCGGCGUUCAAUCUGGUGAAGUACUUCGGGUAA